UAUAUCUCAGAAUAUCUUAAUUGUAAUUAUUUUUAUAUCCAGGUUGAAGUACUUUGCUUGCCGCUUGCAGAGGCCACCCAUCUCUCGAUGGAUGACAAUGUGGGCACUCAAGGUGAGUUGAACUACUGUCGGCAUGCAUGCAGCCAUCGCCCGCGAUCAGUAACAGUACAGUAUGCAUUGGCAAUUCAGCAUAUAUUCACUUGGAACACCGUGAACAGAACAACAGGUAAACUUUAGCCCACUUGAGAGACAGUUAAUCGCUCCUGGCAAAGUAUUGGUAGUAUAGUACAUGUAUUAGCUGCUAAUCAUGCAGGCACAGGCAUCGAGGCAGGCAGGGCCCCCCGGCAAAUCUUCAUGGGGGCGCGUGUGUGAACGUGACGUAAACCGUCAAAGGGAAGUCGCAAGGAAAAAAAGUGUAGGAAUCGAGUACCAACCUUGGGCCCCUCACCCUUUCCAACGGGAGCUGACUAGGCAUUGCUCUGGUGGCCCACAAAGCAGCCAAUAGCAACCCUACACAGUCCUGCAGCUAUACAACAGCUCGCUUUGGCUGCCAAAGACAAGAAGAGAAGAUUGGGAUAUUUCUAUUCACCGAUAUAAAGCUAACUGACACAGGACACAACAGAAAAGCAAAAGCCAAAGGUGGAGAGAGACAUAGAGAGAGGUGUACGUAUAGCUUCAUGUGAAAGAUGACAAGAAUCCCAGUAUAAAAUAAUCUCUCAACUUUGCUAUAAAGCCAGUGUCCCUCCCAUCUCCGUUUCCCUCCCUCUCUCCUUCCUCAUGCAUGCAUCUGCCAUUAGCCAAGGUUUGUACAUUAAUCGUAGCUGAUCAUUCAUUCAUAUAGAGCUAGUUGAGCAGUCUUGGUGUGGCUGUCCACAUUUUUGCUUCAGAUAGCCUUGCUGCCAGCCGCCUGCUAAGCUCUAAGCACACUUGCUGUGAGAGUUUUGAGAGGAAGGGCAGAGGAAGCUAUGGCACCCGUCAGUUUGCCUCCUGGUUUCAGGUUCCACCCCACGGAUGAGGAACUCAUCAUCUACUACCUCAAGAGGAAGAUCAACGGGAGACAGAUAGAGCUCGAAAUCAUUCCGGAGGUUGAUCUUUACAAGUGCGAGCCCUGGGAUUUGCCAGAAAAAUCCUUCCUUCCAAGCAAAGAUCUUGAAUGGUACUUCUUCAGCCCUCGAGACCGCAAGUACCCAAAUGGGUCAAGGACAAACCGUGCAACAAAAUCUGGAUACUGGAAGGCAACUGGGAAGGACAGAAAAGUGAACUCGCAUAGGCGUGCAGUUGGUAUGAAGAAGACCUUGGUUUACUAUCGUGGCCGAGCUCCACAUGGUUCUCGCACUGACUGGGUCAUGCACGAGUACCGCCUGGACGAGAGGGAAUGCGAGACUGACACUGGCUUACAGGACGCAUACGCUUUAUGUCGAGUGUUUAAGAAGACAGCACCUGGGCCGAAGAUCAUAGAGCAUUAUGGCGCAGUACACCACCCCAUCGAGCAACCUCAGUGGAUGGCAAACAGUGUCGACCGCUCCCCGACUCUGGACUUGUCCAGUGAUGUGAGAGGUGAUGACUUCGAGAGCAGCAGUUUCUCAUUUCCGACAGAGGCGCCAAUGGACUCGAUGCAUGGUGGGUUCGGGAUGCAGAUGAGCACGGCUCAUGAAGAUGGCAAAUGGAUGCAGUUCCUGAGCGAAGACGCCUUUAACGCCACCAAUCCUUUCUUCAUGAAUCCGGGUUCUUCCAGCUUCUCGUGUCUCCCGUCCAAGGUCGAUGUUGCACUCGAGUGUGCAAGGCUGCAGCACAGACUCUCCUUGCCUCCCCUGGAGGUGGAGGACUUUCCGCAAGAUGUCAGCCUCGACACAAAGACAAACAUACUCCGCAGCAACCCCAACGAGGUUGACAUCCUUCAAGAGUUCCUCUCCGUCGCAUCGGCCUCGCAGGAGCUAAUCAACGGCACCAGCAGCAGCUACCCUGCAGAAAUAUGGCCAGGUGCCGGCACAAGCAGCGCCAGCACCCACUACAUCAACGAGUUAUCCUCGCUCGUCGAGCUCGGGGUGAAGGCAAAAGAAGAAGCAGACAAUUUCUACAAUAUGGGCUGCAUCGGUACGUCCGCAGGAUUCGCCUCUAAGUCAGUCCAUGUCGAUGAACCGGUUAGGUUAGUUGAGAUAGCUGACAUGGAGGAGCUCAAGGAAGAGAAAAAGCAAGUGGAGAACCUUAGAGGAGUGAGGCUGCACAACAACGACCUAGGAGAGAUUGUUGUAGAAGGAGAUGAAAGCGGCAAUCCAACAGAGUGCAUCACACAAUACCCCAUAUCAGAGACUGCUGACAAUUCAGGAGAAGCCGGUCACCUGACCGAUCCCACUGACGCAGGAGGCCUAGACACUGCUCCCAUCUUCUCGCAAUCUCAACCUGACGACUUUGCUAUUGGCUUCGAUGACGUCAACCCUAAUGCAUCCUUCGACCUAUACGAGAAGGUUGACGUCAAGCAUGGACUCUUCGUCUCGAGGGUCGGCGCGGCCAAGACAUUCUUCCACCGCGUUGAGCCAUCGAAGAAGGUCAGCUUCCACUUGAAUCCCCUAGCAAGCGACGUCAGCAGAGCGAUCGAGAAGUUCCAUUUCCCCAUUAGUGUUACGACCAAAGUUAGUGGCAGGGUUUCUAUUUUUAGCAAGUUCAAGGCGCAUCAGGGACAAAUUCCUGGUGACGAAGCCGUCAUCAUACCAAAGGUCCUUAGGCAGCAAAGAAACAGCAGCAGUGAGUGAGCUGCUGCAGAUUGUGUCGCUCCUCUUAACACCAAAGGAAGUCACAGGCCCUACGACUACUGAGCAAGAGUUGGUCAAGAAGAAGGCAAAGAAGGUGAUGAAACCGGGAUCCGGUUGUGAAGGAAGCGAUGCGUGGCUUGUUCCACUCUCCAAGAGGAGUAAAGGCAUUUCCAGCAUGUUUUUUAGUGGGAAAUGGGCAUUUCUGACAUCUGCAUUGGCCAUCCGCACUCCAGGGUGCAAUCACUGAAAGGUCAUUCUGAUCAUAACUCUGAUGUAAAAAGAAAAAAUAUGGCUCUCAUUAUGCUAGAAACAACUCGGUAUCGGGUGCCUGGUGCAUGGAGAUUCAUAAUCUUUGUGUGCGUUCAUUAAUUAACUGGUGUAUAACUGGAGAAUGUAACCAUUAUUUGUUCGUCCUUACGUGUACAUGUUGAAGUCUAACCAAGUUGUAUAUCAAAACAUUGUUUAUCAAUUGUAAGUGCGCCAUGCACAUACACAUAUAUUCCCCAACACGAUAUUCAGUGUAAUCCCUCA